CACCCAUGACGUUCCAACCGACCUCGCAGCUGUCAUAUUUUUUUUUUGAGGCUGGUCAUCAAACUCCCAUGCGACCUUGGUUCUAGCCGCAGCUGAUAACCGAGUCUACUUGUAUUUAUUCUGUCGUCCCCCAUCGUUCCACCGCCUCGACCUCCCGCCGCCUUUGAUCCAGCUGAAGCUAAGGUCUCCCCCCCACACAUUCAGUCACUCCACCCCAGUCACUGCGAACUGUACCCGCGCCCUCCACUGAGGACCCACACCUUUACAACCCAAACAAGCAUCAAGAUGAGCGCCCCUGUGAGCCACGGGAGAGGUGGGCAGGGAAAUGUGUACCCGGAUGACACCAAGUACACGGAUGGCGAGGUCGUGCGUGAGGGCGAGGCCGGCACCGGCGUGAGCACAGGGCGAGGAGGUGCCGCCAACAUCUCUGAUACCAACGCUGCCGCUCCCCGGACGGACAAGGAGGUCGUUCCGGAGGCGGCUACCAGGCCUUCUACUGAGAACCAAGAAUACCACACUGGUAGGGGGGGCGAGGGCAACGUUCAUCACGCCCACAACGAGGGCGACGAGAAGGGCACACAUAAGGGCCUGGCUGACAAGCUGAAGGCCAAGGUCAUGGGCGUUCUCAAGAAAUGAGUCUACCUGGUCGUUGAACAAUCGGGCCAUGUUUUCUGGUGGGGUUUUCUGUUGCUUCAAUGAUAUCCGGCCUAGAGCCUUCUGCUUUUUUUUUUUUUUCAAACCGAUAAAGUAAUACCGGGGGAGAUUCUGUCGAGGAGACUCUGAAGGGAGUUUUCAAUUUCACCGCGUCUCAAAUUUUUGUCUCAAUACUCGACUGCUCAGCUCAUGCUUCUGUCGCCGAUGCAAUGACAGCUGCUAGAGCUGUCUCUCUUAGUCUUCUUUAAAUUGAGCAGGGAGUUCUCCCUCAUUCUCAUUGGUGAA